AACCAAGUCCCCUCUUCCAUUGCUGCAGCAUACAUACAUUUCCAAGGCUCCGCAACUCCCCCACUUUCCAUGUCCAUGGCCUCUUCCACAAACCUCCUCCUCUCUCCCUCUCCCCCUUCAUCUACUUCUCCUCUCCUCCCUCUCUUCCUCUACUCUGCCUUGUACCCACCAAGGCAAUCACCGAGCUCUCUCUCCUCACCCUUCCCCUAAAACCCUCCAACCCCGACAACUUCUAGUUUUUGUUCAAUCAAAUCCUGUUUCUCAGCUGAACUUUCUGUUUUGGUCCAAAUUACAGAUGCCCAUUUCAAAUUUGCUCCAAUUCUCUUGGAAAAAGCAGUCAAGGCAAUGUCUUUGUACCCCUUUGGGCUUCCAAGCUGAUACCCAGUUGUAUUGAGUAAAGGGUGUUCUGAUCUGCCAUUGGAGGAUCAAAAGCACAGGUUUUCUCAUGUACCCAGUUCUUGUUUGUUGGUCUUCUUCAAAGUCUGAGCCGAAAACUUCAUGGUAUAGUUACUUAGUGAUCAAAUUCUGCCUUGUUUGUAUAGAAUAUACCUCCUGAUUCUGCUGGGUGUGCUGGGUUCCAGUUUCUGAAGAUUAUUGAACAAAUUGGGUUUGUUGUUUGAUCCUUUUGCUACUUAUUUGGGGGAAUUUUCAGCUGUAAAGUUAGGGCUUUUGAUCUGGUUAGGUUUGCAAACCCUAAGAUGUUCUAUAUUCUAGUCAUUUUUGUAAUAUAUCAGUUUUUCUUGUUUGUAGAGUAGUUCCAGCUUGGGCAAGAUAUAUAUUAUAUUUAUUCCUAGGAUUAAGGUAAUAAAUAAUUGCAAGAUUGUAGCCUUUGGCCUGAAAAAUACUCCAUUGUUACUUUUUAGGCAGCUAAGUGGUUGAGGGUUUGACCCCUUUUGCUAUCUUAUAUUUGGGGCAUCUUCUGUUAUGUAAUUAGAACUUGAAGUAGGUUUCUGGUGUUUCGUUAAGCCGUCCUUGUGCGCUCGGUCAAAAUGCCUGGAAAUGGUCACUUUUUCGUGGAGUGGAAAGAGCACUUUGUUUCGCAGGAGAAGGGCAACCGUGUGGUUCACUAUUUCUUGAAGGAUUCUUCUGGAGAAUCCAUUCUUGCAGUUGUGGGUACUGAGAGGAGUGUUAGGCACAUGUUCUAUGUUGUUUCCGAGGAGUUUUUGCAAGUGCACGGAAUCGAGAGCUCCAAUAGUGCCAACUUUAAAUGGAGGUCAAGAAGGGAAGUUGUGGAUUGGCUUACAUCUAUGCUGUCAAAGCAGCAUAUUCGUGGAGAUCUGUCCGAAUCACCCCAACAUGAUUCAUCACAAGCUUCGGGGAGUCCCAAAUAUCCAAUGAAUGGAGUUAGUGGUCCCCAGGUGCAGGGCCGUCUUUCAAAGACCUUGAAGGGACGCAAUCCGGACAUUGUUUGGUCAGGUGUUGCAUGUACAUGUGGUAAACAGCUCAAGCAUUUCCCUGCAUUCUGUAGGGAUGGAACUACAAUAGCGAUUAAGUCCUUUGUCUUUGUCAUGGCAAAGGGAGAAAAUCACUAUGUUGCUUAUGUGGAGGAUAUGUAUGAAGACAAGAGGGGUCAAAAAAAGGUCAAAGUGAGGUGGUUUCACCGUAAUCAGGGUAAGGGGUUAACUCCUGUAAGAAAUCCUCACCCAAAGGAAGUUUUCAUCACUCCAUAUGUGCAGGUCAUUAGUGCAGAAUGUGUUGAUGGUCCUGCAACAGUCUUAACUCGUGAACAUUAUGAAAAAUGCUUAGCUGUGUUUCCUCAGGCUUUAUUGGCCAGAGUUCAUUUCUGCUGUAGACAGUUUAGAAGUAACAAGGUGAAGCCAUUUGAUUUGAGUAAAAUGCAUGGCUAUUUUGAUCAGCCAAUUCUCUCUUGUUUGGGUCUUGAAGUUUCAGAAAAAUCUGAGUUUAUAACUGAUAGCUUGAUUGAGGAAGAAGAUGAAUUGGGUCCAAGUGACUAUGUAAAGCGAGGGUCUAAGAGGACUAGAAGUGGAAGGCCAUGUCAGAGGUUUGCAACUGGUCGUUCAAGAGCAAGAAUUUCUAGUAGAGGUAACCAGAUGAUGACAUAUAGACCUCAGAACACAAACUGUGGUUUGCUCAGACGGUUGUUUUCCAUGAAGCUUGUUGAUUGUCAGCCUUGGUAUGCCCCACUCUUUAAGGUUGAUGAAAAGAUAGAAUUGCUUUGCCAAGAUAGUGGCAUUCGAGGCUGCUGGUUUAGGUGUACAGUGUUGCAGAUAACACGAAAACAGAUGAAAGUCCAAUAUGAGGAUUUGCAAGACGAGGAAGCAAGUGGCAAUCUUGAGGAAUGGAUCCCAGCUUUUAGAUUGGCUAUGCCUGAUAAGCUUGGUAUAAGGCAUCUAGGCCGCCCAAUGGUCCGGCCAACCCCUCCUAAGGAACAAAUGGGCCUUGCCCUUGAGGUUGGGGUUGCAAUUGAUGCAUGGUGGAGCGAUGGCUGGUGGGAAGGGAUUAUAGCUGGAGUUGGCAGCUGUGCUGACACCUUUCAAGUUUUCAUUCCUGGUGAAAGCUUACUCUUGAACAUGCACAAAAAUGAUCUGAGAAUAUCCAAAGAUUGGUUGGGAGACGAAUGGGUUGAUGUUGAGGUGAAGCCUGAUGUACUUUCAGCUAUAUCUUCAACAAUCAUCUCAUGCACUCGUCCCUUUACAUCGUCUGCAGUUGUGAAAGGUGUCGACUCUGAUGGGUUCGCUUUGUCGUAUGUUGAAGUUCCUUCUAGUACUAAACAUGUGGAAGAGGAAAAACAGAACUUAGCCGUAUCUGCCAGUUUUGAUGCUUCUGAAAAUAUGGACUUGGACAGUGAUAGGAAGUCACCAUCAUUAAAUGACAUUGGUACUGAAGAUGUUGAUGUCGAUGACUGUUGUGGUGAUGUACAGGAUUUCCAAGGUAAUGAUGUUGAUGACAACAAAGAUGACAAAAUGGCCGAGGGUGACAAAGGUAACAACGGCGGGGGUGAUGGCAAAAACAAUGGUCAUGAUGAGGGCCAAGAAGGCAUGGAGGUGUAUGAAGUUGAAACUGCCGAUACUGAACGUGUUGACGUGAGUGACAGUUGUGGUGAUGUACAGGAUAUCCAGGUUAAUGAUGAAAAAGAUGACAACAGUGUUGAGGAUGACAAACGUGACAACGGUUUUGAUUAUGGAAAAAACAAUGGUCAUGAUGAGGGCCAAGAAGGCAUGGAGGUGUUUGAAACUGCUGGGGAGGGGAGCCCAAGAGCAGUAGAAAUCAUGGAAAUGACAUCAUAAGAUGUCUAACUUGAGUUUGAUAACCUUAAAUUGUGGCAGUUAAUGAUGUUAUUGUUGUUGGUUAAUGUUGAAAAGUGUGUCAGCUAGGAUGUCUGUAAAUAGUUACACUGAGAUGUUGGAGAGAAGCUCGCUGCAUUGUUUGGAGUUGGUGGCCUUCCUGGGUGUACAGUAUGAGAUAAGAGUCAAGAUAUUUAUUUUUUUCUGGUUUUCCACGGUUGUAUUAGAAUUCAAAUUUCGAGUUCCUCCGAUUAGGAACGCUUCUCAGCGAGUCGGUUCUUCGAUGUUAUUGAACACGCUCAUGCACUUCUGCUUGUAGCUUGUAUCAAAGAUUCCGAGGUCUGUUGUAAUCUUAAGUACUGUAUCUUGGCUCCAUGCUGUUUAGGAAUGUUAAAGAGAACAUGAGAAAUGUGUUCGAAUAACUAUCCGUUUUGAAUAAUCAUAGGGCAGGUAAGUUCAAAUAA